AGGAGCCGUUCAUAACCACCCUUCUCACGGGUUUCUUGUCGACCUCCCAAUAGUUCUCCCCGGCUAUUUCUACCUUCACCAUGGACGGGGACGAGCUCAUCGCCUCGGUCUACCGCAAGAUCGAGCGGGAGAAGGCCCUCAUCGCCGCCGCUUCGAACAUGCGACAGUCGACCGACAAUCCUCUCGUGCAGCAAAGGGUUGACGCCAACAUUCGCGAUGGGCAGAAGAAUAUUGCUUACCUCGAGGAGAAGAUGCGGGAAUUGCAGUUGCGCCAAGAACGAGGCCAGGCAUCCCCGACCGAUCGACGCAUCCCCUCGGGUGACGGUGCACCUGUGCCACCGCAGAAGGAUUACGGCAAUGAGUAUGGCGAAGGAGCCGGUCAAUAUCCGCAGGGAGGAUCAGGGUCCAUGCCGUCAGGUGCCCCAUACGCAGACCCUCGCCCUUUCGCUCCCGUGCCCAAGGCUCGUCCCAAUUACACAAAGCUCGACUUGAUCAAAUAUGACACUCAGUACCUGGGACCCAAGAUCCAGCUCAUGCUGUCCCAGCUGGAGUUCAAGCUGAGUGUAGAGAAGCAAUACAAGGCCGGGAUUGAGAAGAUGGUUCGCUUGUAUCAGGAUGAGGGAGAUCGCAAGAGUCGCGCCGAUGCUGAAGGCCGGCGGAUUGAGAGUAACCAGAAGAUCCAGUUGCUGAAGCAGGCCCUGAAGCGAUAUGAGGAUCUUCACGUCGACAUCGAAUCAGCAGACAGCCCUGAUGAUGAGAGCCUAAGCACACCAAACCUGCGUAAGCCGCUCACAGGUCUGCUAACCAUGCGCAUCCAUGCCGUGCAAGAUGUAGAUCAUGCCACCAGCUCCCGAUUCUCGCGCGGCCCGGAAACUUUUGUGGUUCUGAAGGUGGAGGAUACCAUUAAAGCGCGCACGAAGCCGACCCGGACAGAUAGAUGGCAGGAUGAAACUUUCAACCUGGAGAUUGACAAGGCCAACGAAAUCGAACUCACCGUAUAUGAUAAGUCUGGAGAUCGGCCUACCCCGAUCGGCAUGCUGUGGGUGCGCAUUUCGGACAUUGCCGAGGAGAUGCGUCGGAAAAAGAUCGAGACGGAGUUCAAUGCAUCCGGAUGGGUUUCUGCGGAAAAGAUGGGGCAUGGAGGACAGCCCGGACGGCCCGAUACUGCAGGAGGAAUGGGUUCAUCUCAUCAAGGUGGCCCCGGGGGUCCUGCAGGGCCGGGUGGUCAAGGUGGUGCGGCCGGCGCACCGGGUGCUGGCCAGGUCAUCAUUGAUUCUUGGUUUGCGCUGGAACCAGUUGGGCGUAUCCAGCUGUCCAUGAGUUUCGCCAAGCAACUGAAAGACCGUCGCCCGUUCGAUAUUGGUCUCAAUCGUCAAGGUGCUGUUCGCCAGAAGAAGGAGGAGGUCCACGAAAAGCAAGGUCACAAGUUCGUCACGCAGCAGUUCUACAAUAUCAUGCGCUGCGCGCUUUGCGGCGAUUUCCUGAAAUAUGCCGCCGGCAUGCAGUGUGCCGACUGCAAGUACACCUGCCACAAGAAGUGCUAUCCCAAGGUUGUCACCAAGUGUAUCAGCAAAGCCAACUACGAGACGGACCCGGACGAAGAGAAGAUCAACCACCGGAUUCCGCAUCGUUUCGAAGGUUUCUCCAACCUUUCAGCCAACUGGUGUUGCCAUUGUGGAUACUUGCUGCCUUUCGGACGCAAGAACGCAAAACGCUGUACAGAGUGUGGUCUCACGAGUCACGCCCACUGUACUCAUCUCGUGCCCGACUUCUGUGGCAUGUCCAUGGAAGCAGCUAACCAGAUCUUGGAAACUCUUAUUCGUGCAAAGGUUCAUAAUAAGUCUCCAUCGGUUAGCUCUACCAGCCGCCUUAGCGACCGCACCUUGCGCGCUCCUCAGACUCCGCAGGACCAUACAUCCAUGGCCUACCCGUCAAAGCCUGUCGAGCAGUACGAGCCAGCACGGCCCGCCGCUCGGGAUGCUGUGAGCGCUGCGUCUAUGUCAUAUAAGCCUCCGCAGUCUCCGACUACCCCUCAAGCAUCUCAGACAUCUCCCAGAACCUCGGCUUCGGCCGAUCUCGCAAGCCAUGCCGCCGCAGCUGCGGCAAAUACUCGUCCUCCCCAGGCGAUGCCAGAACCAAGCCGCCCUGUGCAGCCCCAGCCACCCCAGCAUGCUCGCUAUGAUCCUUCGGCUUAUCCCAUGUUCGAAGGAGGCGUGCCACAUCAGCAGAUGCAGAAUGUCGGUGCCCCUGGUCCGUAUGGCGUUCAGCAGCAGCAGCAGCAGCCGCCGCCACCGCCACCGCAACAGAGUAUGGCAGUGGCACAAAAGCAAGCACCUGAGGCGCCUCAGCAACAACCGAAGGUCAGAAUCGGACUGGAUCAUUUCAACUUCCUGGCAGUUUUGGGUAAGGGUAACUUUGGUAAGGUCAUGCUGGCGGAGACCAAGAGCACCAAGAAGCUUUAUGCGAUCAAGGUCCUGAAGAAGGAGUUCAUCAUCGAGAAUGAUGAAGUCGAAAGCACCAAGUCUGAAAAGCGGGUCUUCUUGAUCGCCAACAAAGAGCGUCACCCCUUCCUCCUUAACCUCCACGCCUGUUUCCAGACCGAGACGCGCGUGUACUUCGUUAUGGAAUAUAUUAGUGGUGGUGAUCUGAUGCUCCACAUUCAGCGCGGCCAGUUUGGUCUCAAGCGAGCACAGUUCUAUGCUUCAGAGGUUUUGCUCGCGCUGAAGUAUUUCCACGAGAAUGGUGUCAUCUAUCGUGACUUGAAGCUUGAUAACAUCCUUUUGACUCUGGAUGGUCAUAUCAAGAUUGCGGAUUACGGUCUGUGCAAGGAAAACAUGUGGUAUGGUGCAACGACCAGCACCUUCUGUGGUACGCCCGAAUUUAUGGCACCUGAGAUUCUCCUGGACAAGAAGUACGGCCGUGCUGUCGAUUGGUGGGCAUUCGGUGUCCUGAUCUACCAGAUGCUUCUUCAGCAAUCCCCCUUCCGUGGUGAGGAUGAGGACGAAAUCUACGACGCCAUUCUCGCCGACGAGCCGCUGUAUCCCAUCCACAUGCCCCGCGACUCGGUCUCUAUCCUGCAAAAACUGCUUACUCGUGAGCCCGAGUUGAGAUUGGGCUCGGGUCCCACCGAUGCCCAAGAAGUCAUGUCCCAUGCAUUCUUCAGGAACGUCAACUGGGAUGAUAUCUACCACAAGCGUGUGCCACCACCCUUCAUGCCCACCAUCACCAGCCCGACAGAUACCAGCAAUUUCGAUCAGGAAUUCACUAGUGUGACUCCUGUCCUGACGCCUGUGCAGUCCGUCCUUUCUCAAGCUAUGCAGGAAGAGUUCCGCGGCUUCUCCUACACUGCCGACUUCGCAUAAACAUUCUCCGCGUAACUUCUCGACCACCUGUGCUGAUUGCGCGUUUGUCUUGUCUCUACUUUGGCCUGAUGUGUUUCUCGGAUUCUUGAUGUUGCCGGUCUUUGGGCACCGUUUGCGCCGGUGUCUUUCACAUACCCAUAAGUGUUUUGAGUGCCAGUGUAAGCGUGGUGAUAGCUUUUGUGAAUGCAGAUGGAUUGAUGGCUUUGACGGUGUUUUAUUCUACGACAUUACAUUCUGUUUCUGCAACCCAAGGCCUUUGGUUGUCUUCUAAUUUCUGUUUCUUUGUGGGCGUAAUUGACGUGCUCGGAAUAUAACUCUGCUCCAGGGACUAUCUCCUCUCAUGACUAUUGCAGUAUAUUUUGUGGCACGGUCACUCGAAGGAUGCUGCGAUUGUGUUAGAAUGGUUUAUGAGGAUAGAAGCUGUGUUGCGCCGGUUGGACACAAGU